AUGGACAGGGCUCAAGCAGAGAGCUUCAGUACUCCAUUAAAACAAGCGCAUCCAGAUACACGAAAGUUCGGUUCUGUUCCCUACAUCAACAGAAAUGCACCGCUCAAACACCGGGAUAUCAUUCGUGAUGAUGCCAAGAACGAUUCAAAGCGGGACGAGGAAAAUGGGGACGAAGAGACGGAAUCAGCCCGUAAGAAACAGAGAGUGGCAAGAAAGGAAAAUUCUGCCGAAAGUCUCGACUCUUCGCCGGCGCCUAUAGAAAUGAUGGACCGUGACGCCGAGUCCCCUGGUAACAAGGUCGAUGACGUUGAAGAAAUACUGUCUGGUAUGAUCUCUACUGCAGUUAAGAACAUCUCAAAUAGCGAUUUAACGGAACACGAGAACGGAAAUCAGACCUCCUUGUUUCGAAAUCUUUUGUCAUCCGCAAAACGCUUUUCGCCAGAAUGCCUUUCGCCAGAAAGACAUCCGCUCACACCAGUUGAUCAUAAACACCACCAUCAAGACCACGGUACAGGUCUUCCGAAUCUAGACAGUUUGACACCGCUGAAAAGCCAUGUUGAAAGCUCAGAAGAUGGUGUAAUACUAGCACUACAAACUCGAUUUCGUCAAGAGCUCGACAAAUAUGAGCAUCUUUUACAGGGAAAACACCAACAGAGCGAGGAGUAUCGCAAAGGGAUGAUAAGCUAUCUCGAGAAAAUAAAAGAGCUGGACGAAAGACUAGAUGCACAAAAUCUUGCAUUUUCGGCUCUUUGGAGCGACCAUGAAGUACUUAAAGCUUCACAGGCAGCAAGAGUAGCGAAAUGGGAAAGCCGGGCCGAAGAAUUCGAGAGGGUGUCGAGCGACAAGAACAAGCUCGAAGAGCGGGUCUCUAAAUUGAAAACAAAACUAUCGGAAUUGCGCAAUGAAAUCAAGAUGCUGCACCAGAAUUCGCAAAUACUACAGGAAAAGUUUCAAGUCCAGGUUCAAGACAACGACAGUUUGAAAAAACAACUGGACGUGCGUUUCGAGCUUGAAAAAAAACUGCAGUUAAGAGUGGAAAACUUGCAAGGGGAAAGAGACCAGCUUCGAGCCGAAAAAGACCAUCAAGAGAUAGAGGUGACGACUUUGAAAAACUCCACAGCCCAAUAUGAUCUUGAGGCUCGAGCGCUGAAGAAAGAAAUCGAGAACUUCGAAGAUGAGAUCCGUGACAAGGACGCUGCGUAUAGAGACCUGCAAAACACAAUUGAUACCAAACGGCAGUCGACAACAGAACUUGAGGCUCGUGUGACAAACCUUGUGAGCCAGCUGAACUGGUUUGAAAAAGCGCUUGAAAGUAAGAAUGACGUUGAAAAGGCGCUUGGUGAAGGCGAAAAUAAGAUAGGCGCAUUGGAAAGAGAGAUCAAGGUGGCAAACGAUCAAAUAAGUCAAUAUCGCGAACGCGAGAAAGAACUUGAACAACAUCGGCAGGAUUUGGAAGAAGCGCUGACGCAGAGCAAGAGGCAGCUUGAAAGCGUUACCGAUCAGAUAGCCAUACGUUCUGCUGAGUUGGAAGAAUUGCAGCACGAUAAUGAUGAAUUACUACAGACUAAAGCCCAUCUAGAAGAAUUCGUCAAGAUCCGAGAUGCAGCUGUUGAAGAAUGGAAACACAAGUUCGACAACAAGUGCACGGAAAAUAACCGAUUGGCCGUGGAGCUAGAAAGCUUUCAGUUCCGGAACGGAAACUUGGAAUCUGAGCAUCUGGUGGAGCUUGAACAGCUACACCAGCAAAUGACAUCGUUACAGGAAUCGCUGCGUGUAAGCUCCGAGCAAAUUACGCGGCUGGAAACCAAACGGAACGAAGUACAAAGCCAGCUAAAUAAUGAUAUCGCAAAUCAAGCAAGGCAUGAUUCAGCACACGACGCAGCAGACGCCGCAGCAGAUACAGCUGCAAGUGGUGAGCUGCGACUUCAGAUCGAAAAAUUACAACAGCAGCUUCGCGAAAAGGAUGUAGACACAAGCAAACGACUACAGCUUCUUGCAGAGGACCUUUACAUCCAAUACUCCUCCAAGCACGAGCAGAAAGUGAAAAUGCUCAAGAAGGGCUACGAAACCAAGUAUCAAGACAAGAUGGAAAGGCUUAAUGUGGAAAAUACCAGUCUACGCGAUGAACUCACUAGACUCAAUAAUACGCUCAAAACAGAGAGAGAAGACAAGAAACGUCUUGCCGAAAUGCUGAACGUAUGA